AUGGUUCUAAUUCAUUACAAAAAAACAGAGUUGAAUCAAUUCUUAUAUGAAUGUAAUGGCAAUACUCCAAAUGAUUAAGUCAUAAAAGAUCUUGUAGAGAGUAAUAAACUAUUAAUAUCAUCUUAGUAAAUAACAUGAGAAUCAUCCUGGAUCGUUUAGCAUGUGCAAUGGAGGAUUUAGCUACUAAUGGUAAUAUAUUUAUACUAUUCAUUAUAUAGGACCUUUAAAACCUGAAGACACUAGAGGACUAUCUGAAUAAUCAUUAAUUGAUGCUGCAAUUGAAACUAUGGCACCUGAAAAAAAACCUUGGGCAGUUACUCCUUAAUAAUUAUUACCUGGUCAAAGAUUGAAUCCUGAUAAAACUUCAUAUCGUACUGGAGUAAUUCAGACAGAAGAAUUAUCAUAAAUGGUCAUUGAGAAUUGUAAUAAAGUCAAACAAGCAAUUUCAAAAAAUUUAGUUGAUUUAAAAUAAUGUCUAACUACAAAGAUAGUAUAGGAACAAUUAGAUUUGUUAAGAGGUUGUAUGAUGAUAUGUUAUCCUGGAUAUCAUGGAUUACCACCUUGGGAACCAGCUAGAGAAAUCUUGGAGGGUUAAUAUGAUACUUAAGCUACAUUUACAGAAUAGUAUGAUUUCUUAGAUGAAAAAAAUACAUCCUUAUGGUGGGCAGGCAAAGAAUUAUUAAGAGGUAAAUUGUUGUAAGAUUUCAUUGGAAAAAAUGAUAAGACAAAAAUUGUAAUAAUAAAAUUUUAUAUUUUAGAUUGUAAGAUUAUAAAAGACUGGUGGUGGAGCUCCUGUUAGAGAACCUGCUGUUGAUGCUGAAACAUAAAAGAAAAUGAUGGCAUUCUAUUAUAAAAAAUAAUAAGAAUAAAAAGUAUUAUUUUAUUUUAAUAAAUUUAUAGGAAUUAGAAGCUGAAAAUGAAGAUUAAUAUUUAAACUCUUAAUGGGCUAAUCCAAAAUAAUUGAAAUAAUAGUUGAUGGGAGCUAGUGAUUAAAUUUCAUGGAAACCUAAAUGA